CAAUGAAACAAAACAUCAAUCAUUAUGAUAUUUUUUGUGGGGUUAAAAAAAAUAACGAUAGCUAAUAGCUAAUGAUCCACCUUCAUCGCCUCUCAUCUCCAUCUACAGCACAGCAAGAGCUUGCUAAACUCCACCAUGCACUCAAUUCAUGGGGCUGCUUUCAGGCAAUAAACCAUGGGAUGAAAAGCUCAUUUCUGGACAAAAUGAGACAAGUUUCAAAGCAAUUCUUUCAACUUCCAAAGGAAGAAAAGCAAAAAUGUGCUAGGGAAAGGGAACCAAACAAUAUUGAAGGAUAUGACAAUGAUAUAAUAUAUUCAGAAAAUCAAAGGCUUGACUGGACUGACAGAGUAUACCUGAAAGUGCUUCCUGAAGAUCAGAGGAAGUUCAAAUUUUGGCCUCAAAACCCCAAUGAUUUCAGUUAUACAUUCCUGUCCCCUCCAACUCUCAAUGAAUUAUACCGAAAGUAUAAGGCUGAAACUGAAGUAAUUAUUAAGGCCAUGACAAAUUCACUGAACUUGGAAGAGGAUUGCUUCCUAAAUGAAUGUGGAGAGAGAGAUGUUAUGUUUCUGAGAUUCAACUACUACCCUCCAUGUCCAAUGCCUGAUCAUGUUCUCGGCCUGAAGCCACAUGCGGAUGGAUCCACCAUUACUUUUCUGUUGCAAGAUAAACUAGUACAAGGCUUGCAAGGCCUCAAAUAUGAUCAGUGGUUUAAAGUUCCAAUCAUCCUUGAUGCUCUCGUCAUUAAUGUUGGUGAUCAAACAGAGAUACUGAGCAAUGGAAUUUUUCGGAGUCCAAUACACAGGGCAGUGAUAAAUUCAGAAAAGGAAAGGCUCACAGUGGCAAUAUUCUGCCUCGCGGAUUCAGAAAAAGAGAUUAAACCGGUGAAAAAUUAUUCUGAGAUCUAUUUCCAGUAUUAUCACCAAGGAAAAAGACCAAUUGAAGCUUCAAAGAUUUAACAAUGAAACUGAAUACUUCUUGGAUUAGUUAAAUAAGACAGUCUUUUUCUUAUCAGCAGUUAAGGAAGAGAGACUGGAAAUUUAACAAAUUCAGUGUAACGAAAUUGCAAGUUAUGCCCGCUAGACUAGUAUAAAUUGAAUUCAUGAUUUGUUAGAGUAAUUAAGGGUUGAGAUGUAUGUUUUUUUA